CUGCGCUGCGCUGUGCUCGGUGCGGGGCAGGACCGGCCCGGCCGCACCCGGCGAGCCGAGCCCUUCCCGUCCCCACCCCGCUCGGGUCCCCGUGCCAUGGGGAGGGGCGGAGAUGGCGGCCGCCUGAGGAGGCGGCGGCGGCGCGGGAGGCCGGGGAAGGUCCCGCAGCACACGCCGAGAGGGAGCGCGGAGGGGCGGCGGCCGCAGCAGAUAUGAAGUACUGUGCCCUGUGAUAUAUACUCUGCUAGUUCUUCCCCUUGGAGGAUGGCUGCCAUACUCUGUGAAAACUGUUCUGGUCAGUACCGCUACACCCAGGUCAACCAACCUCUUGAAAUCAACUGCGUGUUGCUCCUGAUUAUGUUUGGAAAAGUGUUCCUUGAUUUCUUCACGUUGCAAGUUAAGCAAAAAAAUGUGAAAGUUAGUUUUAUGGGAUACUUUUGUGUUUCACUGGCGCUUCUUGAUUUCACAUUGUUGAUGAGUAUUUCUUUUAUUUUCCACUUUGAGGACUUUGCACUCUGGGGUGUGCGAUUUACAAAGUACCACAUUUGCCUGUUCACUCAGAUAAUUUCUCUGACCUACGGCAUUUUACAUUAUCCAGUGUAUCUUCUGGCUGGUCUGGAUUAUUACAUGACUAUAGCCCAAACCUCCCAGUUUCCUAAAAGAGGUCAAAGAUUACUUUAUGUAUUUGCUGUGGUUGUUAUAUGGAUAUCAGGACUUUUUUUCAUUCUGAAAGUUCCCGCUGUCUAUGAAGAACUAGAAAUUCAGAACCGUUUUUCUCCGUAUCAGUGUCCUCUGUAUGCCAGCGUGCAGAGCUACUCCGUCUCGUGUGCCAUGGUGCUUCUCAUAGGCAUGGCUCUCCUGGCUUGUUGGAAGGAUGUUCUGACCAUGCUGCUGUCUGUCAGGGUGGCUUCCUUUGCCAGUCAGCCUGUUCUGAUGUUCUCCUAUGUGUCCAACAACAACGGCACUUGCUUCAAGUGGCAGCUCCUGACCAGACUCCUCAUUUGUUUUCUUGGCACUUGGGCACCUUUUGUUCUUCUUCAAUUUAUUGUUUUGUUUCUUGGUGCUCGGAUUCCAGCCUACAUGGAGAUGAAUGUCCCCUGGCUGUAUUUCAUCAACAGCUUUCUCAUUGCAGUAGCGUACUGGUCUCGAUGUCACGAUGUUGAAUUGACAGACGAGAUGUGGUCUACAGAUCCAUUUGUCAGCUGGAAAUUCUGCUUUAUGCCAUUUAACAAUGAAAACACAGAGCCAGCUGAUAAACCAGGCGCAGUAAUUGUAAUCUGUUAAUGAGCUGCUGACUGAAACGACUGCACAUCAGCGCCCUACAAGAGAAGCGCGUACUCUGACGUUCUGUGACUGUGUUCUUACAGAUAAUACAAGGAAGCUCGUGGAAAAAAGCCCAACGUCCACCACUAUUGUAAUGCGUAUUGCACCAGAGUGUGGGACACUGCACACUGCCGUGCUGGGUGCCAGCGGGAAAUAUGCACCUGCCAGUUCAGAACUGAACUACAAAGUACGGGUUUAAGAAAAGACCACCACUUCCAAAAAACAAGUUUUCAGUUAAACCUUAUGUUCAUUACUAGAAUUUUACACUCACUUUAAAUGGAAUUAUCUCAGGUUUUAUAGUAUUAAAGGCAAUGAAGUUUUCUUUAAAGCUGGAGCCCUUUUAUCCGUUAUGUACCCGUUAGCCUACUGUCAAAGGUUCAAACAACUCCUGUCAUCUUUUUACAUGAUAUUUUCUUGUUAAAGUGUAACCUUUUGUCAGUUAGAUUUAAGUUAAUGGUUGUUGUCUGUUUAAUCAGAAAUAAAUUUAGUUAAUAUAAAGAUACAA